GGGGCAGCGGCUGGGGGGCGCCUGGGGCCGCCCCUGAGGGCGAGCGCAGAUGGGGCCCUGCCUCGGGCCGGGGCGAGCUCUGACAGAAUCCCCCCGCCUGGGCCGCAGGAGGGGGGCUCGCUCGUCGCAGCCGGCGUAUGUCUACCGUGUCGCUUUGCGGUGUUGGCCUGAAUUUAAAACUGUUUAUUACAAAAACGAAGCCAAAACCAAAACAGUGGGAAUGCAUCGGAGGCUGCUGUGGUGUUGCCGGGGGAAAGUUUUCACCCGUAGGAAGCAGACCCCCCUCAGGAUUCCCACACAAAGCGCCCUGCAGCUGCUGCAGUCAGCUCCCCCAAGCACCGGCCUGAGGCGGCCGAGGGGCGGCACUUCGUGUCUCGGCUCCCCGUCAGAGCACACGGAAGCAAAUAGUUCGUCAUAAUGAUGACGUAUUACCCACGGCAUCGUGGAGUUCUCAACGCUACGUGCUGUGGCGAACUAUUUACUCAGUGAUGGAAUCAGGGAGAGGCAGAUAUGGGCUCAUUAUGCCAAAAAAAUUGCCACAGAAAAAUCUCGUUUCAAAGAAACUCUCAGUGUUUGCAGAUGACUCUGAUGAAGAGCCGUCUGUUGGUGAAAGUCUUCAGAAAGAAGCAUUGAAAAAACAAGCAAUGAAACAGACUAAAUUGGAGAUUCAGAAGGCUUUGGAGGAAGAUGCUACAGUGUAUGAAUAUGACAGUAUUUAUGAUGAAAUGCAGCAGAAGAAGAAAGAAAUUAAUGCCAGAGUGUUAUCUGGAAAAGAUGACAAAAAGCCCAGAUACAUCCAAAAUAUCCUCAAAGCAGCUGAGAUUAGAAAGAAGGAGCAAGAAAAAAGAAUGGAAAGAAAAAUUCAGAAAGAACGUGAAAUGGAAGGAGGAGAGUUCGCUCACAAGGAGGCUUUUGUGACUUCAGCCUAUAAGAAGAAGCUGCAAGAAAGGGCAGAGGAGGAGGAAAGAGAAAGAAGAGAGGCAGCUCUCGAAGCGUACCUGGACGUGACCAAACAGAAGGAUCUCAGUGGAUUUUACAGGCAUCUUCUAAACCAGAGAGUAGGGGAAGAAGAGAUGCCUAAAUGCAGCUUCCGUGAAGCCAGGAUAAAGGAAGAAAAAUCUGACAGUUGUUAUGAUGAAUCCAACCAAAGGAACAAAUGCCCCUCUGAAAGGCAAAGAGUGAAGCCCUCUGCUAAGAAAGAGAAUAAUCCAGAUGCUGAUACCGACUUGGGAACUGAUAGUAGUGAUGAUGAUAAGAGACACAAAAAUAGUAAAGUAAAUUUGAAAAAGAAGAAAAGGAGAGAGAGCUCUGUGAGCAGUGAAGAGGAGCUUAAACGUCCCAAAAGCCAGAGGCAUUCCAGGUCACCAAGCUCAUCCAGUGUGGAGGAAGAGCUGCGCACAAAAGCCCAAACAAAUGAUCUUACAAAGAGCAGACCAAGCAGAAGGGGAAAUGACGAACAGUACAGGGAAAAAGAUAAUGAGAGAAGUAGGACCCAUGAAAAGGAUCACCAAAGGGAAAAGGAAGAGCGACACAGGUAUGGAGAUCACACUAAUAAAGAUAGCUAUAGAAGGAGGGAAGAGCAGGAUGAUAAACAAAGGGGGAAGGAAAGAAAAGAGAGGGAGGGACAUGGCAGAGAAUGGAGGAAGGCAAAGGAGAGAGACGAGAAGGGCUCAGAAAAGGAACGAGAGAAAGAAAGAAUAAGAAAUGGUAAAGAUAGAUAUAGUGACAGAGGGAAGGAGAGAGGAGAGAAAUGCAGAGAAAAGGAAGAUCAUGUGAAGGAGAGGAGAGAGAAAUAUGGUAGUGACGAAAAGAAGUACAGAGAGAGAAGGGAAGGUACUCCUACAUCUUUGGAAAAAGAUGGAGAGACUGAUCUGGAAAAAGAGAGGAAAGGAAAAGAGAGAGAGGUGGAUGAGAAGGGAAGAUCCAGCUCUGGAAUUUUGUCUGAGCAGAAACGUAAAGCUGGAGAAGAAGGGGAGAAAGAGGAGAAAGAACAAGCACAGAAACCAUCUGAGAGCAUGAGCAAAUUUGCUAAACGGAGCAAUGAAGAGACAGUCAUGUCAGCAAGGGACCGCUAUUUGGCAAGGCAAAUGGCACGUGUCAGCACUAAAUCUUACAUUGAGAAGGAAGAAGAUUAAUGUCCCUGUGAGACAGAAACACUUGGUCUCUCGACCAAGAGGAAAAGCCACUGCUGCAUGGACUCUUGUACAGAAGUAAAAGUGUAUCCUAGCUAUUUAUUCCUGGCUUUCAUUUAAGAAAUUCUGUGUGCCAUAAUAGAAGAACAACUUUUGAAAUGGAUUAAUGAAUCACUUGAUACACACCCUUAGUCUGUUUAUACAGUUGAAAUACUAAAUUUGACUGACACUGUCCAACCUGGCCUUCGGUACCAUAUUCUUGAUACGUGAAGAUUCUGGGCCAGACCUGGGAGUGUUAAAUAACACAGGGUGAGAAUACCUGUAAAAGUGGGGAAAAAAGCAAGAAAAACAGCCUGAAUAACAAUCUAGGAGAUUUCUGUACGUAGUAUGGUGUUUUGUAAGCUAAAUGCAUAUUGACAUACGAAUUUUGUAUUUAUGUGUGGGCUUUGGUUUUGGGGACCUGAUGUACAGAAACACUUAAAUAAAGUGUAAGAUACGUACUGGA